GUCAUAGUGGAGAGUUUUGACCAAACGUGAUCCACCUAGAGCAGGAACCAGCAAGCCACUCCAGUAUCCCUGCCAAGAAAACUCCAUGGACAAAGGCAACAGGCAUAUAAAAGUUAUGACGCUGGAAGAUGAGCCCCUCAGGUCGGAAGGUGUUCAACAUGCUACUGAGGAAGAGCGGAGGUCAAGUACAAGUAGAUUCAGAGCUGAUGAAGCGGCUGGGCCAAAGCCGAAAGGUCGCUCAGUUGCGGAUAUGCCUGGAAGUGAAAGGAAAGUCCAAUGCUGUAAAGAAAAAUAUUGCAUAGGAACCUGAAAUGUAAGAACCAUGAACCUGGGUAAGUUGGAUGUGGUCAAAAAUGAGAUGGCAAGAAUAAAUAUUGACAUCCUGGGCAUCAGUGAACUAAAAUGGACGGGAAUGGGCAAAUUCAGUUCAGAUGACCAUCACAUCUACUACUGUGGGCAAGAAUCCCGUAAAAGAAAUGGAGUGGCCCUCAUAGUCAACAAAAGAGUGGCGAAAGGUGUACUGGGAUGCAAUCUCAAAAAUGAUAGAAUGAUCUCGAUACGAAUCCAAGGCAGACCUUUUAACAUCACAGUAAUCCAAGUUUAGGCACCAACCACUGGUGCUGAAGAAACUGAAAUUGACCAAUUCUAUGAAGACUUACAACACCUUAUAGAAAUGACACCAAAGAAGGAUGUUCUUCUCAUUAUAGGGGAUUGGAAUGCUAAAGUAGGGAGUCAAGAGAUAAAAGGAACAACUGGCAAGUUGGGCCUUGGAAUUCGAAACGAAGCAGGGCAAAGGCUAAUAGAGUUCUGCCAAGAGAACAAGCUGGUCAUCACAAACACGCUUUUCCAACAACACAAGAGAAGACUCUACACAUGGACAUCACCAGAUGGGCAGCAUCGAAAUCAGAUUGAUUAUAUUCUCUGCAGCCAAAGAUGGAGAAGCUCUAUACAGUCAGCAAAAACAAGACCUGGAGCUGACUGUGGCUCAGAUCAUCAGCUUCUUAUAGCAAAAUUCAAGCUUAAACUGAAGAAAGUAGGAAAAACCACUGGGCCGGUAAGAUACAAUCUAAAUCAAAUCCCUUAUGAAUACACAGUGGAAGUGAGGAACAGGUUUAAGGAUUUAGAUUUGGUGGACAGAGUGCCUGAAGAACUGUGGAUGGAGGCUCGUAACAUUAUACAGGAGGCAGCAACUAAAACCAUCCCAAUUAAAAGGAAAUGCAAGAAAGCAAAGUGGCUGUCCAACGAGGCCUUACAAAUAGCAGGGGAGAGAAGGCAAGCCAAAUGCGAGGGAGAUACUGAAAGAUACAGGAAAUUGAAUGCAGAUUUCCAAAAAAUAGCAAGGAGAGACAAGAAGGCCUUCUUAAACGAGCAAUACAAAGAAAUAGAGGAAAACAAUAGAAUGGGAAAAACCAGAGAUCUGUUCAAGAAAAUUGGAGAUAUGAAAGGAACAUUUCGUACAAAGAUUACCAUAAUAAAAGACAAAAGUGGUAAGGACCUAACAGAAGCAGAAGACAUCAAGAAGAGGUGGCAAGAAUACACAGAGGAAUUAUACCAGAAAGAAAUGGAUGUCUCGUUCACCCCAGGUAGUGUGGUUGCUGACCUUGAGCCAGACAUCCUGGAGAGUGAAGUCAAAUGGGCCUUAGAAAGCACUGCUAAUAACAAGGCCAGUGGAAGUGAUGAUAUUCCAGCUGAACUAUUUAAAAUUUUAAACGAUGAUGCUGUUAAGGUGCUACACUCAAUAUGCCAGCAAAUUUAUAAAACUCAGCAGUGGCCAGAGGAUUGGAGAAGAUCAGUCUACAUCCCAAUCCCAAAGAAGGGCAGUGCCAAAGAAUGCUCCAACUACCGCACAAUUGCACUCAUUUCACACACCAGCAAGGUUAUGCUUAAAAUUCUACAAAGCAGGCUUAAGCAGUAUGUGGACCGAGAACUCCCAGAAGUGCAAGCUGGAUUUCAAAGGGGCAGAGGAACCAGAGACCAAAUUGCAAACAUGCGCUGGAUUAUGGAGAAAGCUAGAGAGUUCCAGAAAGACAUCUACUUCUGCUUCAUUGACUAUGCAAAAGCCUUUGACUGUGUCGACCACAGCAAACUAUGGCAAGUUCUUAAAGAAAUGGGAGUGCCUGAUCACCUCAUCUGUCUCCUGAGAAAUCUCUAUGUGGGACAAGAAGCUACAGUUAGAACUGGAUACGGAACAACUGAUCGGUUCAAAAUUGGGAAAAGACACAGCCCGUCUGAGGGGUCAUCCUCUGAUGAGGAGUUACCCCCCCAGCAGGCGGCUACAAGUUCCAAUGACCCAGCCCCGCAGGACAGCAGUACCCGCGGAGGGAAGCGUAAAGCGAAGAGGAAGCACGUGUCCAAGAAGAGCAGGAGCGACCCAUCUGAUUCCGAGGAUGAGACAGCGGGAGAUGAGGCUGCCAUCUCGUACGAUGAGGAUUUUCGUAGGAAUGCCUCGCUGUUGUCCUCCACGCGCUGGGAUCAGAGGGACAAUAACUACUGGAUGGAGCACGUGGGGCCUUACAUCGAAAAGAAAACACACGACCAAGCUAAGUCUGGGGAAGGAUUUUCCCAAGGGUUCAGAAUUCCAGUUGCUUUCACUCCCAAUUCCGGUUGCCCCCCCAAUCAGAAAUCAGUUUUAGAGAGACCUGACAUUGCUAUGAAAAAGAUUCAGAAAGAAAUUUUGGCCGGGAGGGUGGCUGGCCCUUUUGCGGAACCUCCCAUUGAUCAGCUGCAUAUUUCACCACUCGGCAUUGUCCCAAAAAAGGCCCCUGGGGAAUUCCGGAUGAUACACAACCUUUCUUACCCCAAGGGGGCCUCAGUUAAUGAUGCUAUCCCACAAGAACUGUGCACGGUGAAGUAUGCAUCUUUUGCUCAAGCAGUGAAGUUGGUCUGGGGAUUCGGUAGGGGCGCUUUUCUGGCCAAAUGCGACAUCGAAUCUGCAUUUCGCCUUCUUCCAGUUCACCCAGAGGACUAUCGUUGGUUAGGUUUUAAAUUUCAGGGUGCUUAUUUCAUUGAUAAAGCGAUGCCUAUGGGCUGCUCGAUCGCCUGUGCCACUUUCAAGACUUUUAGCACCUUCCUGGAAUGGUCGCUGAAAUGUAAAACUGGUUCCGAAGGGGUGGGGCAUUACUUGGAUGACUUUAUUUUGAUCGCAAGUAAUGCAAAUGACUGCAUGGCCUUGCUACAGGCCUUCAAGUCCAUGGCUGAGGAGCUGGGUGUCCCUUUAGCAAACGAGAAGACGGAGGGCCCGGUCACCACGAUGACUUACUUGGGCAUUGAACUCGACACAGUGGCCCAAACUUAUUUCACAGAUAUUGCCCCUAAGGAAGCUCUGUUCUCAGUCGACCCCUGUGCACACUUCGUGGUGCGGAAGAUGCUGGAGGGCUGGCGUAGGUCUCGGCCUCCUAGCUCCGACAGCAGAAAACCUAUAACUUAUGACAUACUCAUACAAAUACGCAAGAAACUCAAGGCCAUCUGCUGGUCUAGGUAUGAGGCCAGGUUAUUUUCCACAGCCUUUUCAUUCGCCUUCUUUGGCGCCUUGCGCAUAGGCGAGGUGGUCUGUGAGGAACAACCAGAGAAUGGCUCUCGCCUGUCUAAGCACCAGUUCACGAGGGUUAUGCGCAAGGCGAUCGCGGCCAUGGGGCUGCCACCUGAGGAGUACGCUGCGCACUCUUUCCGCAUUGGGGCUGCGACCACCGCCAUGCAUAUGGGUUUACCAGCUGAGAGGAUAAUGGACAUGGGACGUUGGAAGUCGAACGCGUACAGGGGUUAUAUCCGGAAACCGUGCUAA